GGAAAGCUUCGCCAUCCGUCGCGCGCAUUGUACACACGAGGCAGACCAAAUACGCCUUUAUAAACACGGCCGUGGCGAACUCCCCUUUAAUUGUACCGGCAUGAGCAGACCCGCGCCCCUGGCCUAACUUCCGUAGGCACGCUAUGGCUCACGCAAAACGUGACGAGAAUGUUAGCCCGGAAGAUCGACACUUCGUCCCCUACGUCAGCGGCGUGGGGCAUCAAGAUCUUGAGACGACGACAAAUUUUCAGUGCAGGAGGUGCCAUAACCAAUUCACGAGCCAAGAAAUGGCAACACUACACGAUCAGAUGGAGCACACGAAAGAAACUACACGUCACCACAGUAUUAGAUUUCAGGCCCUGAGUAAGCUUCCCAGCGAGCCUGUAAUAAGCCCAGGGUCAUGCAAUAUCUACGAGCGAACCGCAGCACUUAUCGCCAAUGAUAUCUGUGGGUUAUUAAAGACGGACGAGGACGUGCACGCCGCCCGCUCUGCCUACGAGUCGCUUCUAGAGCUAGAGCAUCUGUGUCAAUCGACUUCAAGUUGUGCCGCUUUGCUGGCCAAAGCGAUACCACACCGUUCAAGACUGGUUGAACUUUCAUCUAAGCUACCAUGUCGUCAGGGGCCCCUCUGGAUGGCCCUCGAGAGCGACGAUCGCUCCGUCCUUAGGAUGCUUCAACAGGCCGUGUACGCAGAGAAAGAAGAGAUCAUGGGAUUGCGUGAGGACAAUGCGACUUCCUUCCUGACCCUCGUUGAUUCGAUUUUGUAUCCCAGUGGUCCUGGCCAGGAUCUCGGGUUCUCCCAGCUGCUAACCCCUGCAUUGGAUCCAGGCGUACGGACUUUCAAAGAUCAGCUGCAACGAGCCAGCGUUAGGCUGUCCAUGGCUUCUUUCCGACUCCCGGAGGGCCUGUAUCUCACUGGCGUCUCCCUGAUGGACUCAGAGCACAUUGCUACUGGAGCAUACGCUGACGUCCGGAUGGGCCGAUAUCGCGAGCGCCGCGUAGCACUGAAAACGAUGCGGGUUUUCAGUCGGCAGACACCUGACGAGCUGUCCAAGAGUCGUAAGACAUUCUGUCGCGAGAUCUCGCUGUUGCACAGCCUUGACCAUCAAAACAUCUGCGGACUGAUAGGCGUUGACCGCGAACUAUUCGGAGGACGCUUCUGUCUAGUAACGGAGUGGAUGCCACAUGGGAACAUCAUAGACUUCAUCGAAGCCAACUCUUUUGUUCUCGGCGAAGUCAAGCAAUUCGUGAUAGAGAUAGCCCUGGCGUUGGAGUACCUGCAUAGCAAGAAUGUGGUCCAUGGAGACCUGCAUGUGAGAAACAUCCUUAUCGACGCCGGCCGUCACGUCCGCCUUGCGGACUUCGGACUAUCAGAUUUCUCCGACGCGUCUUCUGCCAGUGUCAGUUCUGCGUCUGCUGGUGCGGUUCGAUAUAUGGCGCCCGAGAUCCUGCACCCGGAGAAGUACGGCUUGGAGCACGUACGACACACUCCAGAAAGUGACAUUCACUCGUUUGCGAUGUGCGUGUGGACGAUCUUCGACGGCAAUGUCCCCUUCCAUGACUAUUCACCAGUCAGGGCCACAUUGGCCAUUAUCGAAGGCAAGCGCCCCUUACAACACACAACUAUGCACUAUCUCCCAGUUCCUUUGUGGUCUCUACUUUGCCUCUGCUGGCAAGAGCAACCGAGAGACAGGCCCAGCUCUCCAGACCUAUACCUUCGCCUUCGGCGCAUGUUUCAGCCCCCCGCUUCCGCCCCGUUGAGACCCCGCUCUAGAACAAAAGGCUUCAGCGGCAGGAGAUCGGGUCCAGCAUCUCGUUUGCGCGAGGAUGAUUCUGGUAACGAGUCGACCGCCAGCAGCCGCUAUGAGAACGACGACGGUGGACUGAGCCCGCGGUCAACACUGCGGCGGAGCCGUGGCGUGCAGUCCGCCAGAUGCACGCCUGUCACGAAGUCCAAGUUGAUGAACACUCCGAUACCGAGCCCUGUUGAGCGUCCGCGCACCAGUCCAGCAGUCAUACAAAACUCGACGCCGCCAACCGUCCGCAACCUGGCGAGCGUCUACACUGGUGUCGAGCGUCUUGUCCCCCAGAUUAUAUAUCGACCCCCGCAGGCUCAGCAGCUGGCCGGCACGAACGCGUCGCCCAUCAUGUUCAACGUCUUGGGUCCACGCGGUUGUGGUAUCAGCUGUCUCGAUGCGCUCAAUGAACAGUUUGCGGAGUUGCAAGAUUCGGACGACAUCAUUGAGUGCCAGAGGUGCGUGGUCCUGAGGAUUAUGUGGCCUGAUUACGAGCCUUGGUCGGUCCCCAUCCUUCUUCACUCCACCACCACUCGGGCAGAGUUAGCUAUGCGUGUCAGUUCCUACACGCAGACUUUCCUAGACGAAUCACUGGCGAAAUGUCUGAGACCUGACACUCGCUGGAGACUGGGGCCCGGCGCCAUCACGCUGUCCGACCUCGAACUGGUCGGUCUACAGCCUGUGGCUGUGCGAGACUGGCAGGUCCACUUCCGGGUGCGUCAAACGGCACCUCUUACCACCUAGGCUGCGUGAAACUUCGUUCGAAAAUAUUUUAUUUUAGUAUCUUUAUUGUUAUCAUACGCCAUUUAUUUCUACGGUCGUUGCCACAGCAGCUUAUGCACUUCGCUUGAGAUUUUGUGCGCACGGAGCCAUACAGUCACCACAUAGCUAUUCUCCAUCUGAAAUCAAUUU